CUAAAGGGCUCAAAAUCAUGUCAUUUCCCAACAUUGCCCCUCGACGAGACGUCUAACGCUAUACAAGAUGAACACGGCGCCAUUCGCGUUCCUUCGAAACCAUUCGACGCUGCCACAACGUUCUGUUCUAAGAAUGGAAUUACUCGAUCCGUUGUCAUGCAUAUCGCUUGGGCCCUGGUCUUGUCUUAUUUUAAUGGGCGACAGGAUGUCUCCUUUGGAUACAUGGGUUCGGGGAGAGAUGCACCCAUCGAUGGGAUCGACCGUAUCUGUGGUCCCAUGGCGAACCUGUUGAUAAGCAGAGUUGACCUUGCAUCUCCGCUUCAGUCUAUGUUGCGAAGUAUAGCUCAAAAUCUCAAGGAACACCGACGCCAUCAGCAGACGUAUUUUGCCCCUGUUUUCCAUAAACUCGGCCUCGGGGAUAAACCUCUAUUCAACACAAUGAUCAAUCUCCUGCGAGCGGAAAAGGAGGAGUGUCAAACGGAUACUCUGGUUAAGGAAAAGAAAAUUUUGAUCAGUCCGCAUGAGUUUGAUCUUGUUAUGGAAAGCCACCUUCAUCCAGAGACCAUUGCAAUCACGCUUUAGUAUCAUCGCGGCCACAUCUCGCGCGAUGUGGCAUAAGAAGUUUAC